ACUUGGUUUCUUUAAGUGGGAUUCUCCUGCACUGUACGGUAGGAGGGGUUGUAGUGACGCUGCGAAGCCCUUUGGUGCUGAGCUGAACAUCGCUUUUCACCUGCAGUUGAGCGCCAGAGGACUCGGGACGGUUUGCACUACACAAGCGCUUAAAACAUCGCGGACGGAGCUAAGGAGGAAGACUGUGGGGGAAGCGCAGGAUAAAUAUCCAUAAUAAAGAAAAAGCUGUGCGAGGAAAUCAGCCGAAUCGCGGGUCUCUCUCGCUCCGAUUUCUUGCGACAAUGAAAACGGGCUUCAUUAUAUUACUGAUGACCACCACAAUGCUGAGCACAUCUUGGGGGAAUUAUGACCUGCCGUCUAAGCCACCGUGCAGACCUGGAUUCUCAGAGAGUUUUUAUACAGUGUUUGUUUCGAGGGAUAUACUACAAGGUCAGAGCAUUCUCAAAGAUACCAUGGUGUCCUCAGGAAGUGUCAAGUUUGACAGCUGCAGGGAGGACGAGGCCGUGGGGUUCGAGAGCAGUGACCCAAGCUUCAAAGUGCGGAAGGACGGCUCCAUCUACGCGGAGAGAGAUGUCUCCAGCCUCCUGGAGCCCGUGCAGUUUAUGGUGACAGCCCGCAGCAGUCCGGACAUGCCAGUCUGGGAGACCACCAUCAAACUGGCCUUGGCUGGAUACUCACCGCCCCCACCCACUGCACCCACUGCGCGUAUCGCAGAGGGAGCGAGUACAACUCCUGCCACCCAGCUCCAGCCCAGUGUCAUCACUUUUCCAUGGACACGACUGAUGGGCUCCAGUGGGCUGCGACGGCAAAAGCGGGACUGGGUCAUUCCACCAAUCAACGUGCCAGAAAACUCCAGAGGUCCCUUCCCACAGAUGCUUGUCAGCAUUCGCUCCGACCAGGACCGACAGAUCCAGAUACGAUACAGCAUCACAGGCGUGGGUGCCGACCAGCCGCCCAACGAGGUGUUCAGCAUUGACCCUGUGGCAGGGAAAAUGUUCGUCACCAAGCCCCUCGACAGAGAGGAGAGGUCAUCCUACCAUCUUAGAGCACAUGCAGUGGACAUGAAUGGCAACAAGGUGGAGAACCCCAUUGACCUCUACAUCUACGUCAUUGACAUGAACGACAACCGGCCAGAAUUCCGCAACCAGGUCUACAACGGAUCUGUGGACGAGGGAUCCAAACCAGGCUCCUAUGUGAUGAAAGUCACAGCCCACGAUGCAGACGACGACACCACGGGCAAUGGGAUGGUGCGAUACCGCAUCCUGUCCCAGUCUCCCCACAGCCCCAUCCCCAACAUGUUCACCAUCAACAGCGAGACGGGCGACAUCAUCACCGUAGCUGCUGGCCUAGACCGCGAGAAAGUCUCCCAGUAUACCAUCAUCAUCCAGGCCACCGACAUGGAGGGCAACUUGAACUUCGGGCUAUCCAACACCGCCACCGCCAUCAUCUCAGUGACAGACGUCAACGACAACCCGCCGGAGCUGACGGCCAGAACGUUUUCAGGAGAGGUGCCGGAGAACAGAGUGAACAUUGUGGUGGCCAACCUGACAGUGAUUGAUCGGGACCAGCCACACACACCCAACUGGAAUGCCGUCUACAGGAUCGUCAGCGGCGAUCCCUCUGGCCACUUCACCAUACGCACGGACCCCGUGACCAAUGACGGCAUGGUCACCGUAGUGAAGCCGGUGGACUACGAGAUGAACCGGGCCUUCAUGCUGACCGUGGUGGUGUCCAACCAGGCCCACCUGGCCAGCGGCAUACAGUCAUCCCUGCAGUCCACAGCGGGGGUCACCAUCUCUGUGGUGGACAUCAACGAGCCGCCGUUCUUUCCGUCCAACCCCAAGCUGGUGCGCUUCGAGGAGGGCGUGCCCGCCGGCACCACACUCACCACAUUCUCUGCCAACGACCCCGACCGCUUCAUGCAGCAGAUAGUCAGAUACUCCAAACUCUCCGAUCCAGCAAACUGGCUCAGCAUCAACACAACCAAUGGGCAGAUCAUAACGAUGGCCAUGCUCAACCGAGAGUCCGUUUUUGUGAAGAACAACAUCUAUGAAGCCACAUUCCUGGCAGCAGAUAAUGGAUCUCCCCCAGCUAGUGGCACGGGAACGCUGCAGAUCUACCUGAUCGACGUGAAUGACAACGCGCCCGAGCUGCUGCCCAAGGAGGCCCAGAUCUGCGAGCGCAUCAGCGCCCACGGCAUCAACAUCACAGCGGCCGACGCCGAUGUCGACCCCAACGUGGGUCCCUUCAUCUUUGAGCUGCCUGCUUUCCCCUCCAGCGUGCGUCGCAACUGGACCAUCUCCCGGCUGAACGGUGACUACGCCCAGCUGAAUCUGCGCAUCCAAUACCUGGAGUCCGGCGUGUACGAUGUGCCGGUGAUCGUGUCCGACUCGGGGAACCCACCUCUGUCCAACAGGUCCGUUAUCAAGGUGAAGGUGUGCCCGUGUGACGAGAACGGGGACUGCACCACCGUGGGGGCUGUGGCGGCGGCCGGCCUGGGCACUGGAGCCAUCAUCGCCAUCCUCAUCUGCAUCAUCAUACUGCUCACCAUGGUGCUCCUCUUCGUGGUGUGGAUGAAGCGCAGGGAGAAGGAGCGGCAGACCAAGCAGCUGCUGAUCGACCCGGAGGACGACGUGCGAGAUAACAUCCUGAAGUAUGACGAGGAGGGUGGCGGGGAGGAAGACCAGGACUAUGACCUGAGCCAGCUACAGCAGCCUGAAUCCCUGGACCACAUCAUCAGCAAGCCACCAGGGGUCCGGCGGGUCGACGAGAGGCCCGUGGUACCGGAGUCGCAGUACCCCAUCCGGCCAGUGGUUCCACACCCAGGGGACAUCGGGGAUUUCAUCAGCGAGGGUCUGAGAGCGGCCGACAACGACCCCACGGCGCCUCCCUACGACUCGCUGCUGGUCUUCGAUUACGAGGGCAGCGGCUCUACGGCCGGCUCGGUCAGCUCUCUGAACUCCUCCAGCACCGGCGACCAGGACUACGACUACCUGAACGACUGGGGCCCGCGCUUCAAGAAGCUGGCCGACAUGUACGGCGGCGGCGACGAUGACUAGGCCUCGCGCGGCUCAGCGGCGCCCCCUGCCACAGACAGAAACCAAGCCACACUACCGAUUUGGGCACCAGUGAGGACUGUACAAAGAGGCAGCUUCGUAAUCUUUCCCCUCCAGCUGACUGUAACUCAGAAAUUCUUUUCAUUAUUUUCUUUGUUCAUUUUCUUUCUUUUGGCGGCAAAUUUUUCUGUUCGUUUCCAUUUAGUCUACAUUAAUUUCCAGUCAUCGUAGAUGAAAGCUGUCUACUAGCACGGGAAGGCAAAUGGCCCCCUUCUUCCCAGUCCCAGCCCACACACUCACUCCCCACACUGCAGGGGGGAGGUGUAUUUUUUCAUCACUGGAGUGUGUGAAGAGGCACUCUUUCUUAACCUAACUUGAAUUCCUUAGAACAGAAGCACUGUUGUUAAAGAAAGUGCCUUUUUGGUGUGUUUUAUCGAACUCCCACUAUCUCAGGAUCGGUAGCCACUGGAAUGGCUUUGUGUGGCACGCUAGCCCCCCCCCCCCACCCCACCCUACCCAGCCCCCAACCACGCACUCAUCCCAAAAGACUCUACAACACAGGGAAGUAAAACAAAAUUCAAUGAUAGUUGCUGUUCUGUCUGCCUUUUUGAUGGCGGCAAACAAAAGAACCUCAUUGGGGUUUUACAGAUAAUAGUGAUUUGUUAGUGGGAGCUAAUCAAUGUUUGAAAUAGGACCAUCCAGACUAAGACAACCAGCCUGUAGGGUGUAAAGGUGCAAACCGUAUCUCUGUCGCUUUGCACUUCGUGCUCCUGGUAACAGAGCAUAGGUGCAGGUCUCUCCUUUUGUAAAGGCCUGAACUGCUUUCUAAAAAAGAAAAAGGAGGAUGGUUUUUUUCUAUAGAAAAAGUGUGUUUUUGGUAUAUCAGUUAGAAAAAUGCAUGACCCGCUACCCUUAAAAGGUCUCAUUAUAGCACUGAUAACUGGUCAGACUGAUGAAGAAGGUCUGAGAACAAUCACACUGUAACGGGACAAUUGGACAAAUGUACGAUAAAAUUUCCAAACGUUCGGAAGACCCUCUAGAAUAGCCUUUCAGCGGAUUUGCAGCAGGGUCGAUAGCUUCCUCUCACGGCUGGUCGUUCACAUCUUCGACUGCCUGACGUAUAUUUGGGAGGUCGUUAUACGAAACGAAUCGAUUUUAUACACCGCUGCAGACGCGAUUUUUGUUUUUCGCCUUCUGAACUCACCAAGCUAAUGUCCCCUUCUGUUCUGAGGCAGCCAAUAACUCGUUAUGGUUGGCACCGGUGACGGAAUUCCCUCUUCUCAUCUGAAAUGCUGGUUGCACACAAUCGAAAAAGCCGUAUCUUACCGUCAGAGUUAAGCUGGCCUUAGUCAUUGAUACUGCCUGUCACAAUGACUAUAGUGCCCAUAAAGAGCCAUUCUGUCCUCUUGCAAGGACCACAAUACCCAUGAAUAGCCAUUCUGAUGAUUCGAGCUCGACGUCCUCAGUGAGCUGUGGUGGAAACAAGACUAAAGCGCUUUAACUAUAUUAUAUGCAAAUUCUUUUCAUGCGUCUUUCAGUUUUCCAUUCCUGUGGUUAUGUCCACUCACCCACUCACCUGCGUAAGAUAACUUCGAGAGGGGGGGUUCUCUUCGUAAAUGCCCUCCUUCGUCCUGUUUUGAGCUCUGCUCUGGGGGCAGACGGAGGGAGGGCGAGCGAGAAGCCGCGGCCGAGUGGGGUGCGGGAGCUGUCGUACGCCGACCCGACCCGACCCUCGGCCGUCUUCGCCCGAUUUUCGUGAGUAGCUGUUUUGUCUGUGUGUGACGUGUUAUAUACAGUAACGAUAUGAGGGAGGAGUAAAAAGUGUCAUUUCGACGGGAGACUAACAUGGAAGCCCCUUGUUGGCUGUGGUCGUUGAGCUAAGAAGAUUCUCAUUCCGGCACAGUGGUUUCAAUUAGAUUGAUGAGGAAAUAGGGGGUUUUAUUCCACCAGCAGUUUAUCUGCAAAUUAAGCAGAUGAUUAAUCCCCGGAGAUAAUCUCUUUAGCUAAAGGACCCUAAAUCACCAAUGAGAAAUGGGUCGGACUCUCGCCAUUAAGGCAGAGCCCGGUUUCUGCACCAGUGCCGUCCUGACCUCCUUCUUCAUAAUUCUACUUUUUCACUGAAACAGACGAAAAUGUCUGACGGAGUAAGGCGAGGGGGCGCUGAAUGGGUAUUGUGGAGCUCAGGGGAAGCUCCCAGCGGUCUUAAAGGGGCGUCUUAAAAAGUCUGGCUAAUGAAGUGCCACAGGGGCAGAGCUGGGUGAAGCAGGGACGUGGCUGUGGUACGGCAACGCCUCGUGGUAGCCAAGCAACGGCGUGUCACCAUAUUGUCACCGCGAGCACCGCCAACACAAUCUUAUCGCUCUAUAACAGUUCAGCGGUUGUGUAACAGACAGGGAGGCGAAAGCAAGGCUGACAACCCUGCUUGAUGGCUUUUUGAUAUAUGCUUUUUCCUUUUUUCUAUGAUGCAGUGUAUUUUAAUGCAUGUACUGGGUAAAUAGUCGUUUUCAUAUAUUAUUUACGUCUUUAAAAAAAAAAAAGAACCAUGCCGUGUAUAUAAACUUUUUUAGACAAUCCAUUAGCGGCUUUUGUACUUUUUUGUACAUUCUCUCAGACAUCCUAUCCAGUGUAUUGUUUCGUUGUUCACUCUAAUAGCUGCCAUCAGUUCCCAAAAAUACAUUUGAACCUGAAGCUACAUGCUUAUCUGUCGCUAUACUAUACACUCUCUUAUUGUUGAAAGUAGUGGCACAGAGAUAGUGGAUCGUCCAGGACCUCUAAAUAUACAGGUAAAUUUAGUACCCGUGUGUCUACUUUAAAUUCAGUGCAGACAGGUAUCUGCAGCACACUUCACUUCAGCAGCAACAUGCUGCGUGUGAAAUCUGUCCCUGGGCCAUGGAAGAGAUAGUAUAUCGCCAGGUAGGCAUUGAACAUUCCUCGGAGGAGUGGUCCUCUUCCGUUUUAAUUGAGCCCCUCUCUGACAGUAAACUGUCUUUAUUAAGUUACCGACCUGCCCCAGAACACGCAGUAAGGACUGCGUAAGCCUUAAUGAGUUCAAGAGGAAGCUUGUGUUAAUUAACUUCCCCCACUAUAUUUCUGCCUGUGUAUUUGACUUUUAUCUUGACCCUAUAAAAUGUGUUCAGUGUUACUUGCAUUUCUGUGCUUUGCUGAAGAAUACAGAUUCUGUGGUUUCCCCUGAUCUUUUAUAAUACCUUGCUUGACCUUUGCAACCAUGCUUUGCAAGGAAAAUAUGCUUUGAUUAAGAAGUACCUCAUUAGGCAAAUACAUAUAUGCAUUUUGUCUGGAGCGAAUCAGUAGAUGAGAGCCUUUCUCUCAUCUCUCAGCUCAUACCUUGCACCAUUUAUUAGGAAGUCAGCAGUUAAAAGGUCACGUCUGCUUAACUAACUUUGUUGGCAAGAGUUGAGUAAAAUUGUCUUAUUAUUCAUAUAUUCAGUUUCAGUAAUAACAGCUUUAAUGACCAUGGAGGCUAGACGUCUCCAGUACGUCUUGCCCUUCUCAGGACAAAAACAUUACUGACCAUUUCCCAAUCGAAAUAUGAGUCUGCCAGCUCUCCCGAUUCUUAAUACGACUGAACACACACAAAAAAACUUGCAAUCAGCAGCAAACACGAAUCUGAGAGGCCCAAGUGCUGAGUGAGUUUUUGCAUCGGAAUUCCUACUUGUAAAGUUGGAGAAAUCUACAUCACCCUGACCUCAGAAUUCAAGAUGGCUGCGCCUUGUACCAACAGAAGUUAACACUGUAGUCAUGUACUGUGUAUUAGCAUUAUGUCUUAUUUGUGGCCCAUUAAAUCGUUGUUCACACAGUA